AUGUUAAUGACAGAAACCCAACAAUUGCUUUUUGCUUUAUAAAAUAAAAUAUCAAAUUCUAUAAGAAAAAUAAUUGAUUCCAAUUCUUAAUUUUAAAGUAGAGAGAAUCGUUUAGUUAUUGAGAGCACUUUAUCAAUUAGAAAACUUAGAUUCUUUUGAAUUCGUUAAAUUGGUAUUCUCAUUACUAUUAAUAUCGAAAGAGCAUUAGAAAUACGAACUCUAUCCAGAUAAAUUGAAAGUAAAAAUUAAACAAUAUAGGAAAAGUAAGUAAAAAAAAAAUUGCAAACCCAAAUUGAAUUCUCACCAGUAACAAAUUUAUUCAUUAAAACUUUUAAAGGGAGAGAAGGUUUAAUAUUUUAAGAGCUUAUUAAUUUGA